AUCAUAAUAUAAAUCUAUCUUAACUAGUAUUUCACAUAACUCUAAGAACUCAAAAAAAAAAAAAAUCACAAUCUUUCUUUCAUAGAUGGCUGAUGAAACAGAAGUCCGUUUUGGUAUUCUUGGCUGUGCUCAAAUCUCCAUUAAAUUUUGCAAAGCAAUAAGCAAAGCACCAAACGCAAAACUCAUAGCCAUUGGAAGCCGUUCACUCGAGAAAGCGACGACUUUUGCGUCCGAGCAAGGGCUAUCGGAUGCAGUUAGGGUUUAUGAGAGCUACGAGGCUGUCUUGGAAGACAACGAGGUGGACGCGGUCUACAUCCCUCUUCCGACAGCCUUGCACGUGACAUGGGCGGUCAAGGCUGCCGAGAAGGGGAAGCAUGUGUUGUUGGAGAAGCCGGUCGCGAUGAAUGUGGCGGAGCUUGAUCGGAUUCUUGAAGCUUGUGAGGUUAAUGGAGUGCAGUUUAUGGAUGGUAGCAUGUGGUUGCAUCAUCCAAGAACUGUCAAAAUGAAGGAGGCUUUGUCUGAUGAGCAGCGUUUUGGUCAACUCAAAUGGAUACACAGUUGCAUGACAUACAACCCAGGUCCUGAGUUUCUCAAAAACAGCAUCCGCAUGAAACCAGAUUUAGACGGUCUCGGCGCUCUUGGUGACAUAGGUUGGUACAGCAUCCAAGCAAUCUUAUGGUCAGUUAACUACCAACUUCCAAAAUCAGUUCUUGCAUUCCCCAAAUCCACACUCAACGAAGACAACGUAAUCAUAUCAUGCGGUUCUUCAUUACAUUGGGAAGACGGAAAAUCCGCCACAUUCCAUUGCUCUUUCUUAACCUAUCUUACAUUUGAUGUAACAAUCUUGGGAACAAAAGGGUCUCUUAGACUUCAUGAUUUAACACUUCCGUUUGAAGAGAGUUUCGGAUACGGAACGUUUUCGGAGUCGUCGGAGGUUGACUAUGGGAAGAUUGAACAAGGAAUGUGGUGUCCUAAACCUAAUGAACAUGUUGUUGAGACGGAGUUUUCGCAAGAUGUUUGGAUGAUUAAGGAGUUUGCUGAUUUGGUUGGGAAGGUGAAGAGGUUGGAAAUGAAGCCUGAGAAGAAAUGGUGCGUUGUUAGUAGAAAGACUCAGCUUGUGUUGGAUGCUGUGAAGGAGUCUAUUCGAAGAGGUUAUGAAUCAGUGGAAAUUGUGAUGGAAUAGAUUAGUUGAAGUGAAAGAAUUUUCAAAAUGUGGUUGCAUUGUGAAUUUUGUGAGUUUGGAAGAUCAUCAUAUUUUGAUGCUCUUUGCAUUCUUUUUUUUUUACAAAAGAUUCUUUGUAUUCUUGUUUAACACUUUUAUUUUGAAAAUUCAAAUAAGACUAAAAACUUAAUCUAUCUACUUUAAUGGCUUCUAUUUUUCAAG